GUGGCUAAGAAGGGCAUGUCAAAAGAUGGUGUAAGGAAAAAAAGAGGGCACACAGGAGAAAACACAAAUUACAGUAAGCUAACCACAGCUUUGAGCACUGAGCUGCAGAGCAGAGAAGAUCAUCUCGGAAACUUGAAGAUGAAGUAUUUUCUUCUGCCAAGUCAAUUAGCAUUUCUCUGUAACUUCGUACUAAGUAAACCUGUCCAGAUAGCUACAAGAAACAAUGACUUAGACAGUGAAAUAGCUGUGCAUGAAGGAGACAUCCUCUUGAGAAGAGGGCAACGCAGUGCAAUUAACUGUGAGAGUUGUUUAUGGCCCAAGUCACAAGAUGGACUAGUCAAGGUUCCAGUUAACAUCUCUUCUGAUUUCUCAUUGACAGAGAGGUCUUGGAUUGCUGAUGCUCUACAAGAGGUCUCCACGUUGACCUGUGUCAAGUUUGUAAAUCACACUACUGAAACAGACUAUGUGUAUGUUGAACAUGGGCAGAGCUGCUGGUCUUACUUCGGAAAAAUUGGAGGACGUCAAGCAGUUGGCCUGAUGAAAAAUGGCUGUAUGGAUAAAGGAGCAAUUCAGCAUGAAAUGAACCAUGUGUUGGGUUUCAUCCAUGAACAGGCGCGGAGCGAUCGGGACAAGUUUGUCAAGAUUGUCUGGGAACACAUUAUGGCAGGGGAACAAGGGAACUUUGGAAAAGUAAAGUCCAAAAAUCUGGGCCUUCCCUAUGACUACUCUUCUGUGAUGCACUACGGCGCGUAUGAUUUCUCAAGCACUCCUGGGAAACCAACUAUUGUACCCAUCCCUAACCCUUCAGUACCCAUUGGGCAGAGAGAAGGGCUGAGUAACUUGGAUGUGGCUAAAAUCAACAAGCUCUACAAGUGCAAUUGCUGUAGCUCCGUGUUGCCAAAACCCAAAGGCUCAUUCUCCUCUGUCAAUUACCCAUCCCCAUACCCAAACAAUAGCAACUGCCUAUGGUUGAUCCGCAUCCGUCGGAAUAAGGUUUUCCUGCAGUUUGAGACUUUUGAUCUCCAAACCUCCUCAGACUGUUCUUCUGACUAUAUAAAAGUUUACAAUGGAAACAGCAAGAAUUCUCCUGUCUUGCUGGACAAAUACUGUGGGAAGGGGCUGCCGCCUUCCCUGGUUGCUUCUGGAUCUACAAUGCUGGUAGAGUUUGCAACUGAUGAGACUGUUACGGCCACAGGAUUCAGAGCCUCCUACAGCAGGGUGAAUUGUGGAGAUACUUUCAGAGACUCAAAUGGAGUCAUCACCUCUCCAAACUAUCCCAAUAAAUACCCCAAAAACCGAGCGUGUUUCUGGGUCAUCAGUUCACCAGUAGGAUACAAGAUAUCUCUUAAAAUGUUAUUCUUUGAGUUGGAAGAUAAUGACAGAUGUGUCUAUGACUAUUUGCUCAUACAUGACGGAAGCCAACCUACAUCACCUGCAGUUGGACCUUACUGUGGGACAGAGAAGGUUGCAGACUUCACUUCCACUGGGAAUUUUGUGCUGGUUGAAUUUCACAGUGAUACAGUUUGGGAGAUGCCUGGAUUCAAGAUGAGUUAUACAUUUCAUAGGUAGUACUGUCUAUAACAGGAGAUGUAAAAUGCAGAAUGAAAGAGACCAACUAGCCAAUCUUUCUGAGUCUCUAAGCUUUUUGUUAUUGUAAUCCCAUUGCUGUUGUUACAUGACCAAAUGGAAUAGCAAAACUUUGUAAACCAAUUCUCAAUAACUUAUAAUGUUAGAAACGGCCUUUAAAAAAAAAAAAAAAAAAAGAAUAUGGCUACAGAAUUUGGCUUCCCAAACUGGAAAAUGCUAAAAUAUAAUAAAUGUUCUUACUGCAAUUAUGCCUUUGUGAAGAGCACAUAUAAAAUGGUGAUUUGCUUUUCUAGUGCCAGGAAGGCAGCCAAGAAUAUCUUGAGCGACACUGACUUUUUUCUUCUAGGAUCUGUAAUGCUUUGCUUUUUAUAUAUUUUUUUUAAUCCUCAGAAGAAUAUUUGAUAAGUUGUGGACUGAAGGGUCUAGUAGAGCUGGCCUGCACCAUGCAAACCAGGCAACAAAUACCUGUAGCUCCUAUGAGCUCCCAUCUGACUAUGUAAACUCUUACUUCAUUUUAUGUGGCUUCCUAUUUAGACUGGCACCUUUUUUGGAGGAUGUAACAACAGCAGCAUGAGAGAAAAUUGAACUCUAUUUCUGGCUUGACCAUCACUAUUAAAAGGAAGGGGGUUUUCUUCCCUGCUUUAAUUGAUUUACCUCAGAACAGUUAACAUGCAAGUUGGCUUCAGGAAAUACAGGGAAGGUGCUUGGAUGGCUGUGGGAUGAACUUGGGAAUAGUCAGUACUGCUGUCUCCUUACAUUGCUAAUAAAAUGCCUUCCACUUAUCGUGCUUUUACACAGAGAAUGUUGAUAUGGUAGAAUGGGGUAGAUGCUCCUUUUGCUGUGUGGCAAGUCAUUUGGAAGCAGUGUCUGAGGGCUAUACCUGUAUUGUAACCAGAAGGCAAAUUAGUUUAUUUUUAACAAGCUUCAGCACAUGAAAACCGUCAGACAUGGCUUUGGUUGCCUAAGUACAUUGGAUCUCAGCAUGCUAACUCCAUGGUCUUCCCUCUAUUGUUAACAAAAGAAAGACAUGCUGUGCAAGGGGGACAACUGUUGCUCAUGAGGAUCCCAUAAUAACUCGAAUCCAACCUCAAAGAUAGUAACUUUUUGUAUGUCAGCAUGGAAUGUAUGCCUUGCAGUUCAACACAGUUCAUUUCCUUCUAGAUAUAUGUUCUCUGUACAAACCUGGAAUGGAGAUUUUUUUAUGCUCAUGGAAGAGGGGCGAAUAAAGUUCUGGGAUCUUUACCUCAGCUUUGAACACAAAAGCUAAUUCUUCCCCCUGCAUCUGACUUUUGAGGAGGUACAACCUCCAUGUCAAUUGUUAUUGUAUACAAACUUGAAUGGGUCCUUAUUUUAAAUAUUCAAUGCAGACAGCUUUCACUGUAACUUGAGUACUACUUCAGAUUCCCUUCCCAUGGCCUGAUGUGGGGUUCUGCAUCAGGCCAUCCAGGUUUAAUGUUUUUGAUGUUCAUGUAUUCAGAAAAGGAGUAUGAACAACAUAUGAAGCAGCAACAUGCCAUGUAUAGGAAUAUUAGUUUUGCAACUUGUCCCUAGAAAUAUAGUAUUAAUUAG